GGCAGUGUCGGGAUAUUUAUCCCGCUGAGCGACGCUGCGGGUGAACAGUCGAAGAAGCAAAGAUGGCAGCGACCAUGAAAUCAUCCGUGGCAGUUGAAGAUGUGAAUGUAACGUUUGAAGACCAGCAGAAGAUCAAUAAAUUUGCCAGGAACACGAAUCGGAUGACGGAGCUGAAGAAUGAGAUAUUGGAAAAGAGGAAAACUCUUCAGAACCUUCAGGAUGCCAGUGAUGACCUAAUGCUGUUUGACGACAACUCUCUAUUUAUCCCUUAUCAAAUCGGCGACGUCUUUAUAAAUCACUCCCAGGACGAAACGCAAGAGAUGCUGGAAUCCGCAAAGGAAACACUGGAGCAAGAGGUCCAAGACCUUGAGAAACAAGUGUCAGCGAUACAGCAAGUGUUGAGUGAUCUGAAGGUGCAGCUUUAUGCCAAGUUUGGUAACAACAUUAACCUGGAGGCAGAUGAAAGCUGAGCAGUGAAAUGGACUUUGACAGUUGCCCCAGUUUGGACUUUUCCACAGACCUCCUGUAUCGGCUUCACAACACCCCCCCCCCCCCCCCCCCCCCCAAAAAAAAAAAAAAAAGAUUUCUUACGUUUGGUAGCAUCUUUCAUUCAUGCCAAUAAUGUGUCUGCAGUUUUGUGUUGUCAAACAUGAUCACAAGGUCAUCAAACAAAUGUUUUGCGCAAAUGAAUAAAUGUACUUCAUUUCUAAUGAAUUUCAAGUGGUCGCAUAAUCAAUUUUUUUUCACUGAACUGAUUACAAAUUUGCUAGAAAUUAAAAUAUUACAAAGCUCUUUGUUCUUUUUACAGAGUCUGAAAUGCAGCAAAAGGAUUUGUCAUUUUUUUACUAAUGUCAAAGGUAGGACAAAAUGUUUGUGACACACUGGUGUACUUGUCAAUCAAUAAUUUAGAGUACACUGAUUUGUACUCUUUGCAAAGUUUUGACGUCAUUCUCAUCAAUCAUUAAUUCAUUCUGUCUGAGAGUUUUCGAGUUUGAAACGAUAAAAAAAGCGCGUUUUCAGCAAAUGACGCUUUGCUGAGACCCGUAGUCGCAGGCUGAACGAGUGUGUGAAUAUAGAGGUCUCUGCUUUAAUAAGUAGCCAUACGGUUUAGAUGCAAUUUAAAACAACAUGCAAGAAAUCUGCCACCACAUCCACAAAACACAGUUCAGUGGGGCGUCAUUUUUAAAAAGGUAAAAGGAACUAGCCACUCACUAGGUAACACAGAAGUUUGAUUUUUGGGUGUAUGUUGAAAAUGCUGAUUACAUUAUCAGAACAAGAAGACUGCACGAGAGUGAGUGUAUUUGUUGUUGGAGGAGGGGGGCGGGGGUAGUAUAAUCUAGUACCCAGUUCAAACUGAAAUGCACUUCAUUGAUCUGUAACAAUUCAGCAGAAUUAAAAGAUGAAUUAUGUUGUC